AUUGCUGAUGGCAAUAUGCCAGAAUGGGAGUCUCCAGUAUUGUCUUGCGGUUGCACGCGAGGAGCCUGUACUUCGGAUUCCGAAUGUGUAAAUCGUGCCCUUUGCGUCCAAUGUCCAGCCGGGUGCGCUGCGCCGCUAUGCGCAAAUAAAAAGUUUUGGAAAGACGAUGCAUUGAAAUCUUUGGUUGUCGGGGGAGCGAAGACUCGGAAGAUUUUACGAACAAAGCACUCGAGAAGGGCUGGGGAUUUUCUGGUAUGGAUGAUAUGA